AUGCCGCAGGAUAUGCCCCCCGCUGGGGGCUAUCAGCCUGUCCAGUACAAGCGUAACCUGCCUGUUCGCGGUUUCAAGCCUUUUACCUACCUCGUCGGCAUGCAUCUCAUUAUGGGCUAUGGGUUUUACAAAUACUAUUAUGGAUCGCGUGAAAUGAAUGAACUCGCGCGUGAGAAAAUGUGGUCUCGUAUUCACCUCAUCCCACUCCUCCAAGCCGAAGAAGACCGCGAUCAAGUCCGCCGACACUUUGCCGACCAGGCUCGCGAGAAGGAGCUUCUCGGUACUGAGACGCGCGUAUACAACUCUGACAGAUUCGUCCGCCCGAGUUACGCAUAUACCCCCGCCAAUCUCACCCGAUAA